AAGAGAUGGAGAGCCCAGAUGGUAGAUGGUUUGAACCUAUUCCAUUCACUACCCCGCCUUAAGCUCAGAGCACCCCACUACUAACGAGAUCGAGACCAUGGCAGACAAACUAGACAUUGAGGGCCUCUUGAAGGAAUCGAAAGCUGAAUACAGACGGCUAGGAAAGAGUGGGUUAAAAGUCUCAGUACCCAUUCUGGGUGCUAUGAGCAUUGGCAGCAGUGCUUGGCAACCCUGGGUAAUUGAAGAGGACGAAGCAUUGCCGCUGCUGAAGGCGGCAUAUGAUCGUGGGCUCACAACGUGGGAUACUGCCAACGUUUACUCCAACGGCGUCUCGGAAGAAAUCAUCGGCAAAGCCAUCAAGAAGUACUCGCUCCCUCGCCACAAACUCGUCAUUCUCACAAAAUGCUUCGGCUACGUUGGGGAGGAUCCGGGCCUGCGCACCAUCAACUAUGGCAAUGAGUUGCCAAAACUCAGUGACUAUACUAACCAAGGGGGCCUGUCGCGACAAGCCAUCUUUAACGCCGUCAAUGCCUCCCUCAAGCGUCUUGAUCUCGAAUAUAUCGACCUUUUGCAGAUUCACCGAUUCGAUGCGAACACGCCGAUCGAGGAGACGAUGGAAGCCCUGCAUGAUUUGGUGAAGACUGGAAAGGUCCGAUACAUUGGAGCAAGUAGCAUGUGGGCUGUGCAGUUCGCGCAGAUGCAGUUUGUGGCAGAGAAGCAUGGAUGGACCAAGUUCGUGAGCAUGCAGAACCAGUACAAUCUACUGUACCGUGAGGAAGAGCGCGAGAUGAAUAGGUUCUGUAACGAUACUGGCGUUGGGCUCAUACCCUGGGCACCUCUCUGCCGUGGUAAUCUUGCACGUCCCGCUUCCGCUUUCGGUAGCACCACGCGUUCCGAGGGGGAGCAGAAGGUGAGCAACGGUCUUCCUGGUCGUGCCGACAACGACAAGAAGAUCAUUGAGCGCGUAGAGGAGCUGGCAAAGAAACGUGACUGGAAGAUGAGCCACGUGGCACUGGCGUGGAUCAAUAAGCGCGUCUCAAGUCCGAUCAUUGGGUUCUCGAGUGCGGCGAGGAUGGAUGAAGCAUUGGAGGCGAGGGGCAAGGAGCUGACGGAGGAGGAGGAGAAGUAUCUUGAAGAGCUGUACGUGCCGGUGAAGAUUACGGGGCAUUCGUAGGGCGUCUGCUACUACACGUUCACUAGACGGAGAGCAGGCUGGAGAUGAUGGAAUUGGCUAGGUGGAAUAGAUGUGGAGCUUUGAGCUAGAAUCAAAAUUCCUUGAGCUACUAUUUCUUUCUUUUUAAUUGUUGGAAAGUAAAGUCUUGAGCUACACUAUAUUAGGCCUGUUCUCUAAUAAGUAGCAUGGCCGGCGGUACUGGAAUGCCAUCUCGCGCCAUGGAACGCCUGCUGGUCCAAUAUCAGCUCACUAAGCAAAUAUGCACCCUGAUUCCGA